AUGUCCUUCGCAUCGCUCCGUCGGCUGCGCCCAGACGAAGUGCCGGCUGUCCGCCGCGAUCCAGUCGAGCCCAAGGCGCGCGCGGCCGCGGAGCCCAUUGUGGAGGCGGUCCGCUCCGAGGGUGAACCAGCGCUGCGCCGCUUUGCCGAGCGCUUUGGCGAGCUCAGCCCGGGCGAUGCCCUGGUGUACCGGCGCGAGGUCGAGCUCAAGGCGGCGUGGGAGUCCAUCUCGCAGGAGGAGCGCAACUGCCUCGCGCGCACCGCCCAGCGGAUCCGCCACUUUGCUCGCUCGCAGCGCUCCUCCGCCUCGGAGAUCUCCGUGCCAAUCCCGGGAGGAGAGGCAGGGCACACGCUGGCGCCGGUGGAGAACGCGGGCUGCUACGCGCCCGGCGGACGGUACCCGCUGCCGUCGACAGUCCUGAUGACCGCCGUCACCGCACGGGUCGCCGGCUGCGCGCGCGUCUGCGUCGCCUCUCCGCGGCCGACAGCGGUGACGCUCGCCGCCGCCUACAUCGCCGAGGCAGACCAGCUGAUCCCGGUGGGAGGGGCGCAGGCGAUCGCGGCGCUGGCGUACGGCGCGGGCCCGAUCGGCGCGUGCGAUGCCGUCGUCGGACCGGGUAACAUGUACGUUACCGCCGCAAAGUCGCUCGUGUCUGGCCGCGUCGCGAUCGACAUGCUCGCGGGCCCGUCCGAGUGCCUAGUCAUCGCAGACGGCAGCGCCUCGCCCGCGGUGGUGGCAGCCGACCUCCUCGCGCAGGCGGAGCACGACCCGGCGGCGCUGCCCGCCCUCGUCUGCCUGACGGAGGAGUUCGCCGCGGCGGUCGACCGCGAGCUGGCGGCGCAGCUGGCGGUGCUCCCCACUCGCGAGGUGGCGGCGGAGGCGCUGCAGAACGGCUACACGGUCGUGGUGGCGAGCCUGGACGAGGCGGUCGCCAUCAACGAUCGGCUGGCCGUCGAGCACGUCGAGCUGCACGUCAAGGAGUCGAUGGCGCUCGCCCGCCGGCUGAAGCACUAUGGCGGCCUCUUCGUCGGCGCCGGCGCGGCGGAGGUGCUCGGCGACUACGGCGCUGGGCCGAACCACACGCUGCCCACGGGCGGCACCGCGCGCUCCUUCGGCGGCCUCUCCGUCUUCACCUUUUUGCGCACG